CGCCAGAUAGCGUGCUCGGCCAAAAUUGAGGCCAGUACAUGUUUGAAAAACGUUAGUUGCUGUUGAUACAUCUUUGCUAUGAUAACUAUUGAUAAAAAUAACUCCCUUUGAUAAGAAUUUGAUUAUUGAAAUGGAUCGUUAUGAAAAAUUAACAAGAAUAGGAGAAGGUGCAUAUGGUGUUGUAUUUAAAUGUCGUCAUCGUGAUACUGGAGAUAUAGUUGCUAUUAAAAAAUUUACCGACUCUGAAGAAGAUCCAGUAAUACAUAGAAUUGCAAUGCGAGAAAUUCGUACAUUGAAACAAUUAAAACAUCCAAAUCUGAUCAAUUUAAUUGAAGUUUUCAAACGUAAACGCCGAUUGCAUUUGGUGUUUCAGUAUGUUGAUCAUACAUUAUUGCAUGAAUUGGAGAAACAUACCAAAGGGUUGGAUAGAUUACAAAUACGAAAAUUAACAUAUCAAUUGUUACAAGCAGUGAAUUUCUGUCAUGCACAUAAUUGCAUUCAUCGUGAUGUUAAACCAGAGAAUAUACUUAUUACAAAAUCUGGUCAGUUAAAGUUAUGUGAUUUUGGUUUUGCAAGAUUAUUAACUGGACCAGGUGAUGAAUAUACUGAUUAUGUAGCAACACGAUGGUAUAGAGCACCAGAAUUACUCGUUGGUGAUACACAAUAUGGUACACCAGUAGACAUAUGGGCUAUUGGAUGUGUUGUUGCUGAAAUGUUGACUUCUUUACCAUUAUGGCCUGGUCGAUCAGAUUUAGAUCAGUUGCACUUGAUUACACAAACAUUGGGUGAUUUGGUACCACGUCACAGAGAAAUUUUUGAGAAAAAUUGUUUUUUUAAAGGUUAUAAAUUAAUUGUUCCUGAAAAUCGAAAAGAUUUGGGUGAGAAAUUCACUUCGUUACAACCGCCAAUUACUUCGAAAGAGUUAAAUUUUUUACAGAGCUGUUUAAGCAUGGAUCCUACAGAACGACUUAAUAGUGAGGCAUUAUUAAAACAUCCAUAUAUGGAAAUGCACGGAAGACACCCACAUUAUUAUCAUGGUGAAUUAAAACAAGUAUAUAGUUCAUGUGGAGAUGGUUAUAAUAAUCAUGGAAUGAAAAAAAAAGCUGAACGUAAUUUCAUUCAAAAUUCACAAAACAAACCAGUUAUGAUUAAUCAAAUUAGUACUGGGACAAUGAUCCCAAGACGUAAAUAUCAACAACAGCAAAUUCCGCAACAAUCUACUGAUCGAAAUCAAACAACUGCUACACCACAAAAUGAGUCCAAUUCAAUUUCACCGACAUGUUUCCCUCCAACUAGUAGUAUUACACCAAGUUUUAAUGCUGGUCGAACAAAUUGGUUUGUUCCAGGAAUUGUUGGUCAAAGUCUAUAUAAUCCGUCGCAAAUAGGACUACCUGCUCUGCCAACCAAUUCACAUUUACAACCAAUCCCAGUAACUACUACAUCUACAACAUCAAACAAUAAUGCUCAAUCAAUGAUGAUGGUAACAGGUAAUCAGAAAUCUAAUUUAGGAUGGAAAUAUCCUAAAUCAAAUCAAAUGAUUAUGACAUCAACAAACAGUAACAAUUCAAUAUCAUAUUUCCCAAAUUCGGACAGUAAUAAUAAUAACAAUAAUAAUAAUAAUAAUUCAUCAAAUAUAGACAAUGGGCAUAAUUCUAACGAUACAAACGUUGCACACACUACACUUCAAUCAAAUUCGAUUGGAUUACAUUUACCAAACAUAUAAAAAAAAGUGUCUUUUCCUCCACACUUAACCUUUCUCAAACACAGAUCUAGUGUAAAUGUGUUACAUAUGGUUAGUAGUAGUAUUAAUAUUACUAACUUAAUUAGUAACUUCUCUCAUAAGUAAAAUGAUACACAGAUUACUAAUAAUAAUAAUAAUAAUAAUA